UGCGCCGCAUCCGGAGGGGCGGCCGCCAUUGUGCUUCGUCGCCGACUUCUCUGCUCGUAGCCCGGGAACCGAGCCCAGCGAGGAAGGAGGCGGCGGUGUGGCUGCGGCGAGCGCGACACUCCCUGCGGAGUGCGAGGUGGAAGAGGGAAACCUUAAGAAUGGAGUCUAAACCUUCCAGGAUUCCAAGAAGAAUUUCUGUUCAACCCUCUGGCUCUUUAAGUGCUAGGAUGGUGUCUGGAAACAGAGGAACCAGUUUAAAUGAUUCCUAUCAUUCUAGAGACUCUUCCUUUAGACUGGAUUCUGAAUAUCAGUCUGCGGCAGCAUCCGCAUCUGCAUCACCAUACCAGUCUACUUGGUACAGUGAAUCUGAGAUAACUCAGGGGGCACGAGCACGAUCACAAAACCAGCCCCGGGAUCAUGAUUCAAAAAGGCCUAAACUUUCUUGUACAAACUGUGCAUCUACCUCAGCGGGGAGAAAUAUUGGAAGUGGUUUAAAUACAGUAACAGAUCCUUCUUGGAGGCAUAGUCAAGUUCCCAGGUCUUCAUCCAUGGUACUUGGAUCAUUUGGAACAGACUUGAUGAGAGAAAGGAGGGAUUUGGAGAGGAGAAGAGAUUCCUCCAUUAGCAAUCUUAUGGAUUAUAAUCACCGAAGUGGUGAUUUCACAACUUCAUCAUAUGUUCAAGAAAGAGUUCCUUCUUCAUAUUCACAGGGAGCAAGACCAAAAGAGAAUGCAGUGAGCACUUUACAGUUGAAUUCAUCAUCCACCAAUCACCAAUUGCCUUCUGACCAUCAGACAGUACCAAGUUCUAGGGACUCUAGUAGAAGUUCUUUCAGAUCCCAUUUUUCUCCAAGACAAUCAGAAUCUUUUCGCAACAGUUCACAUCCUGCAUUUUCAUAUCUUUCAAGUAGAAAUGAAACACCAACUAUAAGCAAUUCGGAAAGGGUUGGUUCAUCUCGGGGAUCAUUUCAGGGGUCUUCUGACAAUGAAGGCCGGCGUACGACUAGGAGAUUGCUGUCGCGGAUAGCUUCUAGCGUGUCAUCCACUUUUUUUUCACGAAGAUCUAGUCAAGAUCCCUUGACUACAAGAUCCUUGAAUUCUGAAAAUUACAUUUCUCCAAGAACCCUGACUUCACAGUCUCGGAGUAAUGGAGCACCAUCUUCUGAAGUUAAUGAUGGCAGGGCAUCUGAAGCAUCUCAGGGAUUUAGAUUUCUUAGGCGAAGAUGGGGUUUGUCGUCUCUCAGCCAAAAUCAUAGCUCUGAACCAGAUGCAGAAAAUUUUAACCAAGAAUCAGAAAGUAGAAAUACAGGACCAUGGUUGUCUUCCUCACUUAGAAAUAGAUGCACACCUUUGUUCUCUAGAAGGAGACGAGAGGGACGAGAUGAGUCUUCAAGAAUAUCUACGUCAGAUGUACCACCUAGAUCUCAUAUUUUCAGAAGAGAAUCUAAUGAAGUAGUUCACCUCGAAGGACAGGGUGACUCCCUUGGGGCUGCUGCCAACAGAGCACAAGCAUCUGGAGCAUCAAGCAGUGCCUCUGCAGGUGGCUCCACACCAGAUUUGCCUCAGGGUGGAAGAAAUCCAGGGAUAACAGGGAUUCUUCCGGGCUCCUUAUUCCGGUUUGCAGUCCCGCCAACACUUGGCAGUAAUCUGACUGACAACGUCAUGAUUACUGUAGAUAUUAUUCCUUCAGGUUGGAACUCAGCUGAUGGGAAAAAUGAUAAAGCUAAAAGUGCUCCUUCAAGAGACCCAGAAAAACUGCAGAAAAUCAAAGAAAGCCUCCUUUUAGAGGACUCCGAUGAAGAAGAAGAAGGGGAUUUAUGUAGAAUUUGUCAGAUGGCAGCAGCAUCAUCAUCCAAUUUAUUGAUAGAGCCAUGCAAAUGCACAGGGAGCCUGCAGUAUGUCCAUCAAGAGUGUAUGAAAAAGUGGUUACAGGCCAAAAUUAAUUCUGGUUCUUCAUUAGAGGCUGUAACCACCUGUGAACUCUGUAAAGAGAAGUUGCAACUUAACCUGGAGGAUUUUGAUAUUCAUGAACUACAUAGAGCUCAUGCAAAUGAACAAGCUGAGUAUGAGUUUAUCAGCUCUGGUCUCUACCUAGUUGUUUUACUGCACUUGUGUGAACAAAGCUUUUCUGAUAUGAUGGGAAAUACAAUUGAACCAAGCACACGUGUCCGAUUUAUUAACCUUGCAAGAACUCUUCAGGCACAUAUGGAAGAUCUCGAAAGUAGGUGGAAUUUUCCCUCCCCAGACUUGUUAAAUGUACUUUUGCAAAUUAAACCCACAGAACAAAAACUUUUAAGUGCACUCUUUUCUACCAAAUUGAGCUUUGGCUUUAGGCUGAUACUACUAGGAUUGUUGAUUUGGAUAAGGGUUGAACUGUAGUACUAAGUCUUUUAAAUUUUUGGUUUUUUUAUUAUGUUUAAGAUAUAGAAGGAGGUAAUUUUAACCUAAUAUUUUGAAUUAACCACUGAUUUUUAUUAUUUAUGAUUAAAAGGAAAACAGACAGUUACUAAAUCAUAUCCGUUAAGGCUUUAUAUUUUUAAUAUAUGAAAAAAUUUUACAUUUUAUUUAGUUUCAGAUCAUGAAAGAUUUUCUUUAAUCUUGUGUUUGGUAUCAGGAAAAUAAGGAAGAGAGGCCAGAGCCCAUAAGAAAAGGGUUUUGUUUGUUCUUCUUUUACUUACAGAUAGUUCUGUGUGGAUCUUUAACACAUUGGCAGCUGAGGUUUCUUAGGAGCACAUUGUCAGCCUCAGUGAAGACACAUAAGCACACGUCACAGGCAUUUCUUCAACCUGUUGUCUUAUAAUGUAUUACAGCACAUCUGUGUGCUUUGUACCAGGCAAGGACAAAAUUGGUUUUAGAACAAUUUCUGGGAAAGAUUAAACCCAUCUGAUCUGUACCUAUUUUACUCUUCAUCAGAGCAACAAGUUUCCAUUCCAGUGUAGCCUUGCGUGCUUUAAAUGCAUAUUUUCAUGUUGAUAAAGUGCUUACUGUCUGCAGAAUACCUGUUAUCUAGAAGAUGUCUAAGAUUACUACUUUUAGAAGGCUGGCAUACUUUGAAGACAGUAUGAGAAGGGUUCAAUCCUCAUUAAGACCUUUUACUUCCUUAGAUAUUUUAAGACCUGGCCUUUUAGAUAUCGUUACACCUAUACUAAUUUUAGGUUUUAACAGGAUUUGAAAUAAAUUCAGACAGCACAUUUUCAGGGUUUUUUUUUUAAUAUAUAUAUAUUGUCUGUGAAAGUAAAGCCAGUUGGAAUUACUAUUCACUAUGUUUUUUGUUUUUGUUUUUAAACUUUAUAACUUCCAUAAAAAUACUUUGUUGGAGCUGGGCAUGAUGCCACAUACCUUUUAAUUCUAGCACUUGGGAGGCCAGCCUGGUCUACAAAAGAGUUCCAGGACAGCCAGGGCUAUACAGAAAAACCCUGUCUGGAAAAAACCAAACCAACCAAACAAAACCUAAAGCACCUCAUUGGCUAAUACAAAAGUUUAUCUUUUGUUUCUAAAAAUUAUAAUUUCUGUUUUGGUAGAUGUUGUGGUGGUCAUUUGUUUCAUCAUCUUUUCCCUAAGAUUUCUCACUUAAAAAUAUUCCCAUUUAAAAUAUAAUUUUCUAAACAUCUGUGAAAGUAAAGAAGCCUGUUGGAAUUACUAUUCACUGUGUUUUUUGUUUUUGCUUUUAUUUUUUAACUUUAUAACCUUCAUAAGGUUUACAUUAAGCUUAUCUGCCCUUGAUAAUAGUGAAAAGAUUAGUUAGAUGUUUAUUUGAAAGAACUUAGAUUUUUCCCUAACAUAAAGCAGAUUAUAUAACGAAUAGCUUCUUAUUACCUGGGCUUGUUUCACUAAUGACCAUUGAAUAAAUUGAGGUCAGAAAUGUUAUAAAAAUGAUAUUUCUGGGAGUUUGGAGACAUGGGGAUGAUCUCAACAGCAGGUUUUUUGUUGUUGGUUUUGCUUUGUUUUUUUUUUCUUUUCUGAAUCCGAUUAUUUUAUUAGGCUGUGUCUAUAUAAAGCUUUACUUACUCAAUAGAGCUUUUUUUGUGGCAUUGUAUAGACAUAGCUUUGAUGUAACUUGCAAGAACAUCCAUAACCUGUAUUCUAUGUACAUUUUUUUUCAUUCUCAUCGGAUGCAUCAAACAUGCAGCGGUAAUAAGCCAGAUUCUCCUCAGGUGUGUGAGAGCACUUGCCUUACAUUCACUUGUCCUCUGGUGUAUGUUUAUAUACAUAUCAUUAGCUCUUAUGAACACAGCUGGUCUCAGAAAACAGUUUUUAAAAGAUGCUCUUAAACCACAUUUUUAAGCAUUUUCAUUAUAUGGAAACUAUAUAACAUCCAAAAAGAAGUGGGGGUGGGGACAUUGUGAAUGGGCAUCACCCACAAUCAGACCACCCUAACACUAUCAUGAUAACUUACCAUUUUGACCAAACAGUAUACUAAAUUGGGAUUUUUGUUUUACAAGUCAUUGCUGUUCUGGCUUCAUGUUUACAAGUCAUUAUCAUCCCCUUUAAAAAAUCAUUCUUGAUCAUCCUGUUUUUCUCUCAACAGCUUCAGAGGAUGAAUUCUGAAGAAGAUGGAGACCAUAACAGAAUGCUUGAUAUUGUCUAACUUCAUUUAAGACAAAUUGAUGAUCUGUGAACAUGUUUAUUAAAACUGGCAAUUACGUAUGAAUAAUUUCAUGGGGUAAUGUCUAGUAGAUUGACUAUACAUAAGAUGAAUAUAUAUACAUGUAUAAAUGUAAAUAUAUAUUCAUUCUCAAGUAUUGCUGAACUGAAAUUCUUUAGCUGGACCUUUUAACAUUGGCCAGCAAAUCUCAUGUUUGUAAUAUGUAAUCAGAAGCAUUUUUUCUUUGGGUGAGUGGGAAAGCAUUACCCUUGUUUUAAAUAUCUAAGCAAUGCUCAUCAACUUUUUUCUGUGUUACAAUUACUGUAGUCAUAUUUAUGGAAAAAUGUUUGUGUAUUAGUCUCUUGCUAGUGAGAAAAGGUCAGGUAAAAUGUACUUUUGAAAUAAAAUGCCAAUGGCACCUAAUUAGUUUUCUUCUUUAAAUGCCUUAAGUUACAGCCACAUUUUGAUAAUCAUUUACUUCCAGUGUUUAAAUUUUUUUUAAAAGAAUGGGAAGUUUGAAGAGCAUUAUUAUAUUAGGUUUCCAAAUUUAAUUUGAAUUCUAAAUCCACUUAGCAAUAAAACCUAAUUUUUAAGAAAAAAGUAUGUAAAAGAUGUAGUAAUGAUGGAUAACUUUUGUAUUGAUUUGCAAAAAUGCAGAUUAUAUUUGAUAGGCCAUGGUAUGUAGGUAUUCCUUUCAGGAAUAUUACAGCUGUAAAUUAUAUCAGAAUUGCCAGUCAAAUGAUACUUGGUUAAAAAUUACUGAAAAUCUCAAGUUAACAGAAUAUUUUUUUAAAGCCCACAUUCAAAGUUUAAAACACUGGUUUUCAAUGUGUUUUUAGUGUUGUCACUUCUUUAUAGAGAAAUAUAAUAUAAAUAACCUAUUUGGAUCCUGGUCAUUUUUAGGUGUUCCUUGAUAAUUCUGAGCAUUUAUUUGAUGAUUGUUAAUAUUUUUCACUACCUUUGCAAAACAGAUAAAUUACUUAUUCAACAUUAAUGAGUUUGCACUAUGGUCUUGAGCAGUGUAAACAAACUUGCGUCAUGAUUUCCACUAUCAACACCCUUAGGAUAUACAUUUACACUUGCAGGUGGUUUCAGAUUAGUCCAAUAUUGUGGCAGCAAACAACUUAAAUCCAAAUAGAAACCAUGUACUUUGUCAAAUGUGAAUGAACAGUUUGCCUAAAUUUAGUUUGUUGGUGUUAAUGUAAAACCUUGGCUUGAAAUAAAGUGAUACUGAUUGAUUUA